AUGGAAGCAAAGGGAACGCCUCUAGUGAUCGAUAAUGGAUCGGGAAUCAUUAAAGCAGGCUUGGCAGGAGAUGAGAUACCACAUAUAGUAUUUAAUAAUUUCGUUGGAUUUACAAAACAUGUACGAGUGAUGCCAGUCGCAGGGCCAAAAUAUGAUUGUUGUGUCGGAAAAGUUGCUGAAGAAAAGAGAGGAAUAUUACGACUCGUCUACCCUAUGGAACAUGGAGUCGUCACAGAUUGGACUGCCAUGGAGAAAGUUUGGGAUUAUUUAUAUUCGUAUUUAAUGGACAAGGAAACUGGAUUAGGGGAUACAUUCCGCAAAGAAGAUAGCCCAGUACUGUUAACAGAAGCUCCUUUGAAUCCAAAGAAAAAUAGGGAAAAGGCUGCCGACAUUUUCUUUGAAUCCUACAAUGUUCCAAAAUUGUUUUUUUCUUUACAAGCUGUCUUGAGCUUGUAUGCCUCUGGGUCGAUGACAGGAGUAGUUCUGGAUAGUGGUGACGGUGUGACACAUUCCGUUCCAAUUUAUGAUGGAUUUGCAAUACCAAAUGCAAUAACUAGGAUUGAUGUUGCAGGACGUGAUAUUACGAACUAUUUACAAAUACUUCUUAGGAAAUCUGGCUACAGUUUUCAUACAUCCAGCGAGAGAGAGGUAGUAAAAUCUAUUAAGGAAAGUGAUUUGAUGUAUGUAGCUCAAAAUUACGAGAAAGAAAUGUUGGAAGAAGAAAAAGGUUUAUGUGAGUCCAAAAACUUCAAAUUGCCAGACGGGUCGCUUGUCUCCAUGUCAGCAGAGCGAUUUAUGGCACCCGAAAUUCUCUUCAAACCACAUUUAAUUGGACUUGAAUAUAUGGGUGUUCAUGAAUGCGUCAUUAAUUCUAUCAACUCUUCAGAUUUGGACAUUAGAAAGGAUUUAUACUCGAAUUUGUACUUUGCAGGAGGAUCGACAUUGUUUGAAGGCUUUUGUCAGCGUAUGCUUUCUGAGCUGAAGCGGCUUGCCCCUAAAGAUGUACCUUCUUUGAGAAUAUCGGCCCCUAAUGAAAGAGCGUACACGACUUGGUUAGGUGGUUCUAUACUUGCCUCGCUUCCUUCUUUCAAUGACAUGUGGAUUACAAAGAAUGAAUACGAGGAACACGGAGCGAGCAUAGUGUCUAAAAAGGUUUUCCUAUAA